GGUUGUGUGUACGCGUCGCGUUAUUGUCGUUUGUUGAUCCUCCUCUCGAUUCAACAAACUCUCGACGGUACUAAUGGAACUCGACGAUGUUCCCGUGCAGGAGCGUAUCGCAGCGUUCUGUGACAGUCUACCACACCUCACACAGGAAGACGUCGAAGCAUCCUCAAAUGACUCCUGUCCCAUCUGCCUGAGCUCCUUCUCCUCGUUCUUCUCUGCGGAACCUCAGGACUGCCUCGGAGUAACCCAGCUGAAGUGCGGUCAUAUAUUUUGCAGAACUGACCUCCUGGAAUGGAUUCGCAACCUGCACGGAAGCUGCCCGACCUGCCGCUUUGCCUUCCUGGCUAUCAAGCCUCCGGGAUCUGACGACGAGUCCUCGGACGGUGGAGAGUACAUCCCGGACGAGGACGAUGAAUUCGACGACGCAUUCAACACAUCGGACGGCUUCACAGACAUGGAAUACGACACGGAGGACAUGGACAUGGACGAGGAUGAAGAAUUAUGGAGCAGCGACGGGUUGAUGCCUGGGGUCGAGGCUCAAGCCUCGUCUGACGGGGACAACGACUACGACAUCGAAGACGUUGCGGUAGAACUCAGCGUCUCUGUGGAUGCAGUGGACAGUCAGGACUCGUCCAAUGAUGAGUCCGACAGCAGCAGCUCCCCUGAACCCAAAUAACAGUCCCAGAUCAUAGCAUUUAUUACUAUUCCGACGCAUCUGUACUGUUAUGCAAGACCAUUUCUACUUAUUUAUCUACAUAGUCAC